AUGGAUGAACAUACAAGCAGUGCUCUCCACUAUGGGCACGUCGGACGAGCUGUCUAUCUUCCUGAGGAGCAGGAAUGGACGUUCACUCGUUCUUUUGCUAGGCCCCCGUUGAUCAAAUAUACCGGUGUGACCAAGACAAAAAUCCCAUCGCCUUUCCGCUCAGCCAAAGCUCGACCAAUACCCAGAGUACCCGAGAAAGACCCUAGGAGGUUAAUCACAAGCGCGCAUCCUGAUUUGGCGGCAUCGUGGUCCUCCAUUCGCGCUGAACCUUUGUCGAAAGCUAUCACGACUGUAGCCGAAAAAUAUGACCCGGAGGUCUCUGAGCUUUUUGAUCUCGGUUAUGCGGUGGAUCAAAGGCGUCAUGACAAGAGGCUGCGCUCAGUUGCAAUUGCGGUGGCUGUUACCGGAGAAUGUCGUAAUAUAAUCUCAUUUCGAACACUGGAAGAGGAGAUUUUGGAGUUGACUUCUCCACAGAAGUUAGCAUUCCGUGCUCCAUCUAUCAGUGACCAGGAAAUGUCUGAAUGGUCCAAGUGUGGUGCGCCGGUACGUCAAGUACACUUUGCACGUCCCUUGGAGGAGAAGCCCAUGUUCCUGGCUGCCCGUCUCCCUGCAACGACUACAAUAUUCCGACCUCUUUACCAUUUCGACCCUGUGCCUAUGUGCCCUUCGGGGGAUAGUAUACUGGGAUCAUCCACCCCUUUGAAAAACUCUCGGCUGGAUGCGAAUCCAAUCGCGGAGCUAUGUGUGUCGCAAACAGGUGGCUUCUCACAUGCAGAUGUGACCUUUAACCCCUGGUAUCAGAGACAAUUCGCCAUUGUAGACACCAGAGGUAAGUGGAGUGUCUGGGAGAUCACCGGCAGACAGCGACUCCAGCAGGCCACUUGGGCUGCCGAGCUUGUCAAAUCAGGCUCGUUGCCCAUGCAGGAUUAUAAACGCAAACAUGGUUGCCCUCGCCUUGAUGGCUGGGCAUCAAUCGAGUGGGUCCAUGAUGUUGGAUCGCUACUUGUCUCCAAUCGUCACAACGUCAUAAUCUAUGCCUUCACGGAUGACCAGAUUCCAACACGCACGGUUGAGUUGGGAAUGACAAAGCCAUCUGAGUGGGUUCUAGAUGUUCAAACAAACUCGCGCAAGCCAUCACAGUUUUUCGUCCUGACGACAACGAGAAUAAUGUGGUUUGAUGUCGGAGCCCUACCAGGCGAGCAUGACACAAGUCUUUCACUAUACCCUCGAGUGUCCUGGAGGCACUUUCGAGACCCCGAAGACACGACCUUGCGACUUAGCGACAUAGUCGUAUACCAAGAUCUGUAUCUCGUUCUGUAUUCACAGCUCACCCGGCUAGUACAAGUAUUCCCUUGUCCCUUCAUAUCCGAUGAAGAGACUGAGUCCAUAUCUGUACCCGAUCCCCUGGUGCUAGAUGCGCCCCUGUUGGCAGAUAUACCGUCAACUCAACACGACUCUGUCGUGCGAUUCUCGAGACUCGUAUUUAGAGAAAUUGCCCACUCUAUUGCACCAGUGGGUAGGAAUUUCUACAACGCCGACUUGCCAUUCAUCAAGCUUUUCUGGAUGGAUUCCAAUCUUGCCGUCCACGAAUCUACUUUCGAGGCCCCGCGCGGAAACCCAGACGAGCCGGACUCGUUUCGCGAAAGCAGUAUCUUGCGGUUAAGAAAGCGUUAUGCUCCGACAAUAUGCGCUGGACCCACCGAUGACUUUGUUGUGGAUGAUUGGGAUGAAUCAGCGACAAAGCAAACGAUUGUUCGUCGUUGCAAACCCCAAAUGGGCCGCGUUGAUACAAGGUCGGACUUGCAGUGGACCCUGGACUUUUCUGGCGUCUACCAAAUAGCGACAGGGAAAAUGAAAAUGGAAAUCCAUCCACAAAAGCAGACGAAGAGAUUAAUGCCCAAACCAAGGACAUUUGAUGCGUUAAUAGGGGACCUCCAAAUCGAAAUGGAGAAUGGAUCGGACCAACCUCCAGGCAAAACCAUGGUUGAAUUGACCGACAAGAAACUUCUGGCCGAGGGUCUUGAUGAAAGAGCAGAUGAUCUGCAACGACUCAUUUCAGCACUCGUCUCUAAACAGCCGAACCCCAACGCGCAAUGUCGAUAUAUGUUUCUACCACUCCCAUCACCGAACGGCAGUUAUGGCAUCCCGGCCAAACUCUCAGGCGAAGCAGAUAACGAUCUUUUAAAUACAUAUGAUCGAAUCGUCGAUGAUUGGAUGUCUACCCUGCCUCGCGCCAUCCCCGUGCAGACCCGACUCAUGAAAGAAAAAGUCAUUCGGGGGGUUGCUGUCGAUCUCAUCCUUUCGCGCCUAGUAAAAAUCUCUACCUCAUUAGAUAGCAUCAUACUGGCCAAGCCCACAGAUCCUGUCGAGGACCAAGCAAUUGAGAAGGCAAAUGAAAAGGCCGCGACACAGAACAAUUAUCUGCAAUCGAGCUACUUCUCAUUAUCAUCAUCGCAGAUCCCUGCAAGCCAAUCAUCAAUGGCCAAAAGCCAAGUCUUUGGAUCUGAACCAGACGCAAUGCCAAUCCAGCAGUCCAAGUACACCGCAGUCCCGGUCUUGAGUGGUCUCUCAGCGUUCACCACAUUCAAGACCCCACGUCCAGCACCACGAAACGUGACAAACCUCUUAGCGCACUGGUCGGUAGGAACCAACCCGGAAGACUAUUCAUGGGAGAGGAUGGAAGACGAGGAAAUGCGGGAGACGAGGGCACGCACACCCAGGAGCAGACGGAAGAAACGCCCACAGCCUCGUGACCAAUCCCUCCCUGCGACUCCGGUAAUUCCUAUGAUCCGGACAUGGGACAGUCAGCCACUCGCACCUCCCCGACUCAACGUCGCCAGUAGUCAGCCCGCGAUGGAUGAUGUGUCGAUGACCCAGAUGGAGCGGGGAGCUUUUGGAGCCCGACCACUCAAGAAGCCGAAACAGAAGAAGAAAAGAGCAGCUGGAUUUUAG